AUGAGUUUUAGAAAGAAUCCUGUAUGCUAUACCCUAAUGAAUAAGUCAUGUCUUAAAUAUGAAAUAGAGACAGGUAAUGAAAAAUCAGAAAAUGAUAGAAUAGAUGAAGAACAAACUAACAUUAAUCCUCAGCAAAAGAAAUUAUCCGAAUAUAUAGCAGAGAACUCAGAAUUAUCGAUCAUUUUAGAUUUAUAUGGUUUCAAAAUCCAAUUAGACCGCACGAAAUAUUAUCUUGAAAAGUUCAAAGAACGAAAGGAUCCAAAGUUGUAUGAAUACAUUCAAUAUGUAUUGGAUAGUCAAAACAUUUAUGAGGUCAAUGCAAAAUUUUUGGAAGCAUGCGAAAAAAUAUUUUUACCAAUGAUAUCAAACAUCUUUGAUAUUAACAAAAAGUAUGAAGCAUUAGAGUUCAUUCGAGCAUUGUCUGAUGCCGAAAUUGAUGAUUCAAGUCCUCUUUGGGAUUAUCAUGAUACCUUCACUAAAUUUCACAAAAUUUUCCUUGGAUCGAGGAGAUUUCUAUUCAAUGCGUUCGUUGAACAAUAUUUAAAAAGGUGUAAGAUUUUUCCCCAUUUGAUUGAAUCAGAAAACUUCACUAUGGAGAUGUCUAGCGCGAAAUACGAGAUGAAAGAAUCAGGAGAUCAAUUUGGAGGUAAGAUCACAGAUUUAACAAACAACAAAGUUUAUUACGUUAAAGCUCAUCAAAACUAUCCUUUAAAGAACAUUCAAAACCAACUUUUUGUAUCAGAGUAUCAACAAGAAGAAUGGGAAAGUGAAAAUAGAAGUGAUUUUCUGGAUUCAGAAGUGAGAAAUAAAAUUACAACUGUCGAUCUUAAAGAGUUAUUUACAUACAAAGUCCUAGAAUCUCUUCACAUGGGUGCGAAGGUUGAUUUUUUUAUCAAUCCUUUCAUCAACGGAGGAUUUUACAUAGUUUCAGAAAGUUUAAACAAUGAAAAAGAUAUUUUUAUUGAUUUGAAGUCUUUUUAUGAAAGCCAAUUGCUAAGACAUGCUGAAUUAGAAUUUCUUCUUUUUAAGGAUGAUGCAGUAAAAUCAAAAAUAAUGCGUCCAGAAGAAUUUAAAACUCAUUUCAGUAGAAAGGUAAUUGUUGAUUUAACCGUUAUUGAUAUUAUCUACAAGAUAUUCUCACUGAAUGAUGCACAUUCUAGAAACAUUGGAUUUGUUGACAGCAUUGAUCAUUAUGAGUAUCUUAAACAAAUUAGAUCAAUCAAGGAUUUAAAUGAGAAAGGAGAAGAAUGGAUGCAAAGUAGUCAAGAUUUUAGAAUUAUUGAUUUCAUUCCAUCUAAUGAAGGAGAACGAGGAUAUGUUAUUCCAGAAAUUGUUGAUAAUUACUUAGCUGGAGAUCCUAAAAAGUAUUUUGAUUAUCUUAAUAUCCUUGUCGGUACUACAUGGAGAUUAAACAAUGAAGAAAUUCUUCUCUAUAAUUUAAAAGAAUCUUAUAAUGAGCCACUGAAAUUAGGACCUCGAAAUGAUAAUAUUAAGAGAGAAAAAUUCUUCAUUGGAUUUCGUGCAUUGGAAAAAAUUCAAAGUUAUGUUGAUAAAGAAGUACUUUCAGAGAAUGCAUCAAAUCAUAAUUCGAACAAGGAUAAUGAUGAUAUUGAAAGGUUCAGGUUGUUCUUAGAGAAGAAAGCGAAUAAAAUCAAAUCACUCAUGAAACAGGAGAGGAAUGACUUUCGAUUCUUGAGAAACCGAACAAAUGCAUCUGUUCUCGGAUUCAAGUCUCGAUGCGGAAAGAAGAGGGAAGAAGGAAAAAAUCUUGAUCUUCAUUUCAUCGAAGAUGCAAUUGAAGACUUAGACAAUUAUGUCAACGGCGUUUAUCAGAACUUCAAGAACCUUAAGAAGUUCAUCACAAAUGGAUACCAUAAGUUCUUUGAUGUCAACGGGAACUUCAAACCUUAUAAAACAAAAUAA